AUGUCAGGGAAGAAAAAGUCGUCGAAAAACAACUCUGGUGAUAACGAAGAGACAAAUGAGAGCUAUUUUCUAUCAUUGAUCAAGAAUGAGCUAGGGAAACUUUCCAAUUCCUUGAGUGCUAAGUUGACCGUCUUGGAGAAGUCUAUCGACAGUGUACGAGAGGGACAAAGUAGCAUUGUGAACUCGCUGUCGUUCCUCAACGAGAAAUUUGAGGAAAUGAAGUUGAAGGCCGAGAAGAUUGAAAAGGAGAACAGAGAACUAAAGGAGCAGAAUAUCUGUCUUCAGAAGAGAUUCAGUGAAUUGACCUUCCAGCUUAACGAUCUUGACCAGUACCACAGGAGGGUCAACUUGGAGGUGGCAGGUGUACCAGAACGACAGGGCGAGGUUCCUGAAAGGAUCGUACUUAAUAUCGCGAAACACAUCAGCCCUGAGCUUGCAGCAUCCGACUUCGAUGUGGUUCAUCGGCUGGGUUCCAAACGCCAAGCUGAUAACAAAGCCCGCCCAAUCAUCGUGCGAUUCACCACAAGACGAGCUCGGAACAUCAUGUAUGAUGGGAGAAGGAAACUGAAGACCCUCUCCACAAAGGAUCUAGGAUACAACAGCGAUGGCAAGAUCUACCUCAAUGAAAACUUGAUCGCUUCCACUAAGGAACUAAUGAAAGAUGUCAACAAGGCCCGCCGAGAUGCCGGAUACAAGUUCCUGUGGACCCAGAAUGGCCGAAUCUAUGUAAGGAAGGAUGAGAAAUGUCAACCCAUCAUCAUUCAUUCCAGAGAGGACUUUUCUAAGCUGUAG